GAUGGAAAUUGCAAUUUGAAUUAUUUGUUGUUUACAACAGUCAAUAGUUAGGACGAACAUUUAUCGGGUAAAAGCUUCAUGGAUAUUUGGUUGAUUUUGUUCAGCUUUUUAACUACAUCAUGUGUGGGACAACUGAAUGUCACUCUCCCUAGACCCCCGUCUAUUUACAUACAGCCAGAUUCUGAAGUUUAUUUUAAUGAAUUUGAACCUUUGCGACUUCCCUGCCAUGCAGAUGGACUACCAAAACCAACAUACAGAUGGACAUUGAAUGGCUUGCACUUGAAUGCUGGCAAUAACCGGAACGUUGGAUUCACAGACAAUGGAAGCGGAAGCAUCAAUAUAUAUGAUCCAAUUAAUUAUGAAGGAAUUUACCAAUGUUUUGCUGAAAACGAUUUAGGAACAUCUGUGUCAAUUAAUGUUAACGUAAGGAUGGCAAAGUUGGAAGACUUUGAAAUAAAGGCCCCUGUUACUCACCGCCCCCGGCUGGGAGGGUCAGUCAUUCUAAACUGCACCCCUCCUUCUAGUUUACCCCCAGCUGAGGUUCAAUGGGUGCUUAAAACGCCAAUGGGAAUUGAGCCUAUCGAAUACGACAACCGAAUCUCAAUGGAUCAUGAAGGUCGACUAUACAUUACCAAUGUUCGAGCAAAAGAUUAUAGAGAAGGAGAGGCCUACGUCUGUAUGCACCUUAAUUUCUUUCUGAGGAAAAGAACAUUUGACCACGACAACUUAAUCAUCCCAAGUGGAACUUCCCCGGUUAAGAGACCUGCUGACUUUCUCUGGGCAUCACCUUCUGAGCAAACUGGUCUAAAGGGGGAAACAAUCAAACUCAAGUGUAUUUUCAGUGGAAAUCCCACACCAGACGUGUUCUGGUGGAAAGAUCAGAAAAGCCUUCCGGACCAUCACGAAGUAUCACUUGGGGGACAGGAACUCACGAUCGCUAACCUAAAGGAGGACGAUGCCGGAACGUACGAGUGUUACGGUACAAACACCCAGGGACCCCGCGCCGUCAGAAAUUUUGUCAUCAGAGUGGAAUCCAAGCCAUAUUGGGAAGUUGAACCAAAAGAUGUGGAGACUAGUCCUGGGGCAUCUGCUACCUUCAUCUGCAAGGUUAAUGGUAUCCCAGACCCAAAAGUGACAUGGUUCAUUAAUGGAAUCAGGCUGGAGGAAUCUACGGUUCCAAUCAUUCAAAGUGACAGAUUCCUGAAACCUGAUGCCAACAAUUUGACCUUUGUGAACCUGAACAAAAAUGAUCACAUGGUCAUACAGUGUAAUGCUUCCAACAAACACGGUUAUGUGUUUUCUGAUGUCUAUCUUAACGUGUUUGAGGAAGAAACUGUUAUCAUAGUACCACCUGCUGGUGAGCUUAAAGUCGCAGAAGGUCACAAUGCUGAGCUAACAUGCUUAACAAGAGGUCAACCGAAACCCAUUACUACUUGGUUUAAAGAUGGGAAGCCGAUACCUGGUUUAAGAUACCAAAUCCAAACCAACGGAAACCUUUUAAUAGAGAGUGCAGCUUUUUCUGAUGCUGGUAAUUACACCUGCCAUGCCUACAAUAAAUUUAACUUUGACGAAGCCUCGGGGGUCUUGAUCGUAAGAGCCAAGACCAGGAUUGUACAGAGUCCUCAUGGAUUAACAGUGACUGCAGGGCGCGAAGCAACAUUCAAUUGUUCGGGUACUACAGAUUCCGCUGAGAUGAAAAAUCUGCAAAUUUCGUGGCUGAAGGAUAACAAACCAGUUCUUAUAGAUCUAUAUGCCUAUCGAGUGACGCAACAGAAUGGGUCACUGAUCAUAUAUGAUACCUUUGUCCUAGACUCUGGAACAUACACUUGCGUCAUAUCCAAUGGAUUAGACAGUGAUUCUGCUGGGGCUAUCUUGACAGUGAAAGAUAAACCCGAGCAACCGAGAGAUGUGGUUAUGGAUGCAUGUAUGAACACGUUGGCAGAAAUCCGUUGGACUGCAGGGGCAUCUAACAAUGCACCGAUUUUGUAUUAUACUAUUCAGUACAACACAUCCUUUAGUCCUGAUGUAUGGGUGACUGGGACCAGAAAUAUUUCGGCCACCCAGAACACUGGACGUGUCUAUCUUUCUCCUUGGACAAAUUACACAUUCCGUGUUUCAGCUACAAAUGAGAUUGGUACCACGCCUAGCUUACAGACAUUGCAAAAAUGUUCGACUGACGAGGCCAGACCAACUAAAAAUCCAGAGAAUAUCCGCACCAUUGGAAACAAGAAAAACUUUCUGAUAAUUGAAUGGAUGUCUAUGCCCCCCAUUGAGCACAAUGGUUGGGGAUUUCGUUAUGUCUUGACCAUUCGGAGAGACGGGCCUGACUUUUAUGACAUUAAUACAUUCAGCAUCUCAGAUUGGAGAAUAUCACACUGGGAGCAACAGACUAAUGACAUCUUUACGCCAUACAUCAUAACAAUUAGAGCAACCAAUGUAGUUGGCGACUCAACUGCACGAGUACAACAGGUCAAAGGUUACUCGGCCGAGGGAAUCCCUACUAUCGCUGUGACAGACUUUACCAUUGACCAGACCGUCACGGAGUCCUCUGUCACCUUCUAUUGGGACUGGGACGAGAACCUUAACACCCCACAGCCAGGCACCCCCGUACAGGGCAUCUUCAGGGGAUUCAAGAUUCAGUACUGGGUCAGAGGUCAGAAGGAACAAACAUUCCAAGAGGCCGAGAUUCCCGUCAGUGAACUCACUCUUAGAUACGCAAGACGCAAGAAGCGGGCCACCCAGUCUUAUAAAUUCACCCUAGUGGGCCUGCAGGGAAAUCAGGAUUACGAGGCUCAGAUGAGGGUCAUGAACACAUAUUACGCAGGGCCACCUAGUGUCACUGUUUCAUUUGCUACUCUCUCGGACGUUUCUCCUAGUCAGGAAUGAAGUCUGGAUCAGUCAGAAAACAUUCAGUACAUGCUACAAUCAGGAAAUAUCUUUAGAACGCGAAAGAAAUCAAACUCAUAUAUAAUGAAUAUAUAAUCGUUUGAAAGUCAAUCUCUUAUAAGAAUUUUAAUGCAAGAAUAAACAAAUAUGAGCUUUGUUUCAUUAUCUGUACAUGAAAAUGCACC